ACGAGAUCCCUUGCUACAUAGUUUCAGUCAACUAAAGGAGGUAUUAAAUAAUAUAACAGCCUAGACGAUGCCAUGGUAGAGACGGCCAAGGAGGCCAUGGAUCCCGCCAAGGCAGACAUCAUGGGGCUGUGCCAGGACAUGUUCUCUAAAAUGGCCACACACAUGACAGGCAAGCUGACAGCCACCAGUGAAGACUGUAAAGUUCUAGAAAAUGUGAACCAACUGACUAGCUUGAAGUAUCUAGAAAUGAAAGACAUUGCAGUAAACAUAAGUAGAAACCUAAAGGACUUAAACCAGAAAUCUGCAGCACUUCAGCCUUCUCUGGAUCAGGUCACUUUAAUUGAGGAGCAAGUAGCAGCUCUUGAGCAAGCAGCCUACACGUUGGAUGAAUAUUCAAAGAAACUGGAAGCAAAAUACAAGAUGUUAGAGAGGUGCUGAAAGAAUUCUUUAGCACCGACUUUAACUACAAAAAUGUUUCGUAAGAGCUGAAAUAAGUGGGAUAGAACUUAUCACUGUGCUUCAAUUCCUAAAAGAAAGCAGUGCUGCUCAUCCAAGGAGAAUCCCAGCCCCUGCCUCCGGUUGAACGUGUAACUCUGGCUACUCCUUGAUGUUUCCUAAAACCUGUAGCCCCUGGAACCUCAUCUUAUCAGAUCUUUCUGAGAUUGAGCCCAAUGUGUUCCUUCGACCAUUCCUGGAAGUUAUUCGUUCUGAAGACACUACUGGUCCCAUCACUGGACUAGCACUCACCUCUGUCAACAAGUUUCUGUCAUACUCACUCAUAGAUCCCACUCAUGAGGGCACAGCAGAAGGAAUGGAGAACAUGGCAGAUGCUGUCACUCAUGCUCGGUUUGUGGGCACAGACCCUGCCAGUGAUGAGGUUGUCCUGAUGAAAAUCCUUCAGGUUCUUCGGACUCUGCUGCUAACCCCAGUGGGUGCCCAUCUGACCAACGAAUCUGUGUGUGAGAUUAUGCAGUCUUGCUUCCGGAUCUGCUUUGAGAUGAGGCUCAGUGAGUUAUUGAGAAAAUCCGCAGAGCACACUCUCGUCGACAUGGUGCAGCUGCUCUUCACAAGGUUACCUCAGUUUAAAGAAGAACCGAAGAACUAUAUAGGGACAAACAUGAAGAAGCUAAAAAUGAGAGCAGGAGGCAUGAGUGACUCAUCCAAGUGGAAAAAGCAGAAGAGGUCUCCACGGCCCCCACGACAUGUCACCAAAGUCACAGAGUCACCCACUACUAAUGGAGCUACCCUAUCCUCCAACUUUACAGGUGCUGUGCCCUUCAUUGAUGCCUCCAUGCCUAUCUCCUCCACAAGUUCUGAAGCCACCUCCACAGCUGUGAGCCCCUCAACUGACAGUGGCCUUGACCUCUCCUCCCAAACCACAUCCAAGGAAGAUCUCACUGACCUGGAGCAGGCUGGCUCCCUGGGACCCAGCGCAGCCUUGGUGCCUGUAAACAGCGAAUUGGGCUCUCCUGAACAGUCUGAUUCCCAGCAUGAAGUAUCUCAGGUGGAAAAGGUCCAGUCAGCAUCUGUGGAGUCCAUCCCUGAGGUGUUAGAAGAGUGUACUUCUCUAGCUGACCAUUCAGAUUCAGCCUCUGUCCAUGACAUGGACUAUGUCAACCCCCGUGGUGUUCGCUUCACACAGUCCUCCCAGAAAGAAGGUACAGCAUUGGUCCCCUAUGGCCUCCCCUGUAUCCGUGAGCUCUUCCGUUUCCUUAUCUCUCUUACCAACCCUCAUGACCGACAUAACUCAGAAGUCAUGAUCCACAUGGGCUUGCAACUGUUGACUGUGGCCCUUGAGUCUGCACCUGUGGCCCAGUGCCAGACCUUGCUAGGCCUCAUCAAGGAUGAGAUGUGCCGCCAUUUAUUCCAGCUGCUAAGUGUGGAGCGACUAAGUUUAUAUGCAGCCUCCCUCCGGGUGUGCUUCCUGCUCUUUGAGAGCAUGCGAGAACAUCUCAAAUUCCAAAUGGAGAUGUACAUCAAAAAACUCAUGGAGAUAAUCACUGUGGAGAAUCCUAAGAUGCCUUAUGAAAUGAAGGAGAUGGCACUAGAGGCUAUCGUCCAGCUCUGGCGAAUCCCCAGCUUUGUUACUGAGCUCUACAUAAACUAUGACUGUGACUACUACUGCUCCAACCUCUUUGAGGAUCUCACAAAGCUGCUGUCCAAGAAUGCCUUCCCUGUCUCUGGGCAGCUUUAUACAACACACCUGCUCUCUCUUGAUGCACUGUUGACAGUGAUUGACAGUACUGAGGCCCAUUGCCAGGCCAAAGUCUUGAACAACCUCAUCCAGCAGGAGAAGAAAGAGGCAGCUAAACCCAGUCCUGAGAUGGUGGAUGGCACUAAAGAAGUCAGCAGCAGCAGUGAACAAGCAGCCAAUGAUGGAAAACACCCAGGGACAAACCCAGAUCACCCAGGGCUGCAUCCACCUGGGGGAGGGCAGUUGCUGGCUGAGCAGGGAAAAUUGGGCUGCAGUGACCUGGAGGAAGGUGGUGAUGCAGGUGUUGACAAAAAAAUUCCCCGGAAGCCACCUCGGUUUUCCUGCCUCCUUCCAAAUCCUCAGGAACUGAUUGAGAUUAAAAGCAAGAAAAAGCUACUGAUCACAGGCACAGAACAGUUCAACCAGAAACCAAAGAAAGGGAUUCAGUUCCUACAGGAAAAGGGUCUUCUGACCAUCCCCAUGGACAACAGUGAAGUUGCCCAGUGGCUUCGAGAGAAUCCCCGACUGGACAAAAAGAUGAUUGGCGAGUUUGUGAGUGACCGAAAGAACCUUGACCUGCUGGAGAGCUUUGUGGGCACCUUCAGUUUCCAGGGCUUACGACUAGAUGAAGCUCUACGCCUCUACCUGGAGGCCUUUCGCUUGCCAGGAGAAGCUCCAGUCAUUCAGAGGCUACUGGAGGCCUUUACUGAGCACUGGAUGAAGUGUAAUGGCUCCCCAUUUGCAAAUAGUGAUGCCUGCUUUGCCCUGGCCUAUGCUGUUAUCAUGCUCAAUACUGACCAGCACAAUCACAAUGUCCGCAAACAGAAUGUACCCAUGACCCUGGAGGAGUUCCGAAAAAACCUGAAGGGUGUGAAUGGAGGAAAAGAUUUUGAGCAGGACAUCCUAGAGGACAUGUACCAUGCUAUCAAGAAUGAUGAGAUUGUAAUGCCUGAAGAACAGACUGGUCUGGUGAGAGAGAACUAUGUGUGGAAUGUCCUACUGCAUCGAGGUGCAACCCCUGAAGGUAUAUUCUUGCUGGUACCUGCUGGCAGCUAUGAUCAUGACCUUUUCACCAUGACCUGGGGUCCUACCAUUGCUGCCCUCUCCUAUGUCUUUGACAAGAGCCUGGAAGAAACAAUCAUCCAGAAGGCCAUUUCAGGCUUCAGGAAAUGUGCCAUGAUCUCCGCCCAUUAUGGCCUGAGUGACGUGUUUGACAAUCUCAUCAUCUCUUUGUGCAAAUUUACAGCCCUCAGUAGUGAGUCCAUUGAGAACCUACCCAGUGUGUUUGGGAGCAAUCCUAAAGCUCACAUUGCAGCCAAGACAGUUUUCCAUUUGGCCCAUCGCCAUGGUGACAUCCUUCGAGAGGGCUGGAAGAACAUCAUGGAGGCCAUGCUGCAGCUGUUCCGAGCCCAGCUACUGCCCAAGGCCAUGGUAGAGGUGGAAGACUUUGUGGAUCCCAAUGGCAAGAUCUCUCUGCAGCGGGAAGAAACACCAUCUAACCGAGGAGAAUCAACUGUGCUGAGCUUUGUGAGCUGGUUGACACUGAGUGGUCCUGAGCAAUCCAGCACGCGAGGUCCAUCCACUGAGAACCAAGAAGCCAAGCGCAUGGCCCUGGAUUGUAUCAAGCAAUGUGACCCUGAGAAGAUGAUCACAGAAAGCAAGUUCCUUCAGCUGGAGUCCUUACAAGAGUUAAUGAAGGCUCUGAUAUCAGUGACACCAGAUGAGGAGACUUAUGACGAGGAAGAUGCUGCAUUCUGCCUGGAAAUGCUUUUGCGGAUUGUGCUAGAGAACAGGGACCGUGUGGGCUGUGUGUGGCAGACAGUGCGUGAUCAUCUUUAUCACCUAUGUGUCCAGGCGCUGGAUUUCUGCUUCCUGGUGGAGCGGGCUGUGGUGGGGCUGCUGCGCCUGGCCAUCCGGUUGCUAAGGAGAGAGGAAAUCAGUAGCCAGGUGCUGCUGUCCCUUCGUAUCCUACUACUGAUGAAACCUAGUGUGCUGUCUCGUGUCAGCCACCAGGUUGCCUAUGGGCUCCAUGAGUUGCUCAAGACCAAUGCAGCUAACAUCCACUCUGGGGAUGACUGGGCCACACUCUUUACCCUGCUGGAGUGCAUCGGCUCAGGGGUGAAGCCUCCCCCCUCCCUGCAGGCCACAACCAGGACAGAUACCACUGACACUGGUGCUCAGUCAGACAGUGAACUCUCCUCCUACCACCCCAGUGAUGCCAGCUUGGACCGAGGCUACACCUCAGACUCAGAGGUCUAUACUGACCAUGGUAGACCAGGCAAGAUGCAUCGCUCAACUACUGAUGCUGACGUGGUCAACAGUGGUUGGCUAAUGGUGGGGAAAGAUGACAUAGAUAGCUCCAAGCCAGGACCAGGACCAAACCGGCUUGGCCCUUCUCCUCUGGUGAAUCAGUACAGCCUUACUGUGGGGUUGGACCUGGGACCUCAUGACACAAAGUCCCUCCUCAAAUGUGUGGAGUCACUGUCUUUCAUUGUGCGGGAUGCUGCUCAUAUUACCCCAGACAAUUUUGAGCUCUGUGUCAAGACCAUCCGAAUUUUUGUGGAGGCCAGUCUGAAUGGUGGAUGCAAAUCUCAGGAAAAACGGAGCAAAUGCCACAAAUAUGACAGCAAAGGGAACCGCUUCAAGAAGAAGUCUAAGGAUGGCUCAGCGCUUCGUCGACCCCGGGCAUCUAGCCAGCACACAACUCGUAGCGGACACAGUGAUGACGAAGAUGAUGAAGGAGUGCCUGCUAGCUACCACACGGUGUCUUUACAGGUCAGUCAGGACCUGCUGGACUUGAUGCACACCUUGCACACACGGGCAGCAAGUAUUUACAGCUCAUGGGCUGAGGAGCAGCGUCACUUGGAGACAGGGGGCAAGAAGAUUGAGGCUGAUUCCCGGACCCUCUGGGCUCAUUGCUGGUGCCCAUUGCUUCAGGGUAUUGCCUGGCUCUGCUGUGAUGCCCGGCGUCAGGUACGGAUGCAGGCGCUCACCUAUCUACAGAGGGCACUGUUGGUACAUGACCUGCAAAAACUAGAUGCCCUGGAAUGGGAGUCCUGUUUUAAUAAGGUGCUGUUUCCUCUGCUGACCAAACUUCUGGAGAACAUCAGCCCAGCAGAUGUGGGUGGAAUGGAGGAGACUCGGAUGCGGGCUUCCACAUUGCUCUCCAAGGUAUUCCUGCAGCACCUGUCCCCUCUGCUGUCACUUCCAACAUUUGCUGCACUCUGGCUGACUAUCCUGGAUUUCAUGGACAAGUAUAUGCAUGCAGGUUCCAGCGACUUACUGUCUGAAGCCAUCCCUGAGUCAUUGAAGAACAUGCUGCUAGUGAUGGAUACCGCAGAGAUCUUCCACAAUGCAGACACAAGGGGAAGUGGUUCCUCUGCCCUCUGGGAGAUCACCUGGGAGCGUAUUGACUGUUUCCUGCCCCGCCUACGAGAUGAACUCUUCAAGCAGACAGUCAUCCCUGAUCCUCUGCCACCGGUGCCUACUGAACCACAUCCCCAGAAAUCCUUGACCUCUGCCCAUGUGACUCCUGCUGCCAGUGACACAAGGAUGCCCGGCCACACAUAUACUCCAGAGAUACCCUCAGAGCUGGGAGCAUAUGACCCAGAGAAGCCUGAGGUCUCUGGAGCAGCUGCCAGUGGUUCUGGUUCUUCUACAGUUUUGACACCCAGCAAGCUGAGUCCUGGCGCAGACGGGCCUGUCCCAUUGGCCCAGCCCCCCUUGAUCCUGCAGCCCCUGGCUUCCCCACUGCAGGUGGGCGUGCCACCCAUGACAUUGCCUAUCAUUCUAAAUCCAGCCCUAAUUGAGGCUACUUCACCUGUGCCUCUGCUAACUGCUCCUCGCCCCACUGACCCUAUGCCCACUUCUGAAGUCAACUAAGACAGGUGGUUGGGAAGAUUGGGCCUAUCCCUCCUGUCACACCACUGAGGGCUUCUCACCCUCUCCCUCUUCUGGUUGCACACUAUGUUGAUGCCACCCCUGGGCCCAGCCCAGCCACUGCUGCUGCUCUCAUUGGAGCCACUGGGAAAUUGCUGAAGGGAAUGAGGGCAGCACUUCCUAGAGACAUCAUCCAGAGAGAAGGGACUUCUUCUGGUCAUCAUUUCUGGGAAACCUCACUGACGGCUGAGAAAUCAGACUCGGGGCUCACCCAGAGCCCACCCCAGGCUAGCUCUAGUCUCUUACGAGUCCUGGGCUAACCCUAAAGGAGAGACUUCUGGGCAUUAGUGCCAACCAGCCCUGUCCAUGUUGCUUCUUGGCAUUAGGGUCCCCUUCUUUGCCCUUAUCCUUCGGUCCUAGCUCUGAGAGCUAUACUCCAACCACAUUGCACUUUGCUUCCCUUUCCUCAGACCUCUCCUCCCUCCCCAUCAGCCCUGAGCUACCUCCUCCAGUUCUUCCUCCUUUAUCCAUGAGUUGGGUUAAUUUGGGGAGUUAAUUAGGGCCAGGGGACAGAGGUAACAAGGGGAGUUGCCUACAGGAGCAUGUACAUAUGAAGAAGCUAACAAUUGACUUUUUACAGUGUAAUAAAUGUAAUAAAGCCCACACCACAGCC